UCCCUUGUACGCUACUCUCAAGUCUCAUCUCUUAAAAGAACUACACAUCAUUAAUCAAAGUUUGAGGGUGGUAAGAAAAUAAUCGUAACCUUCUCCGAUAAUUUUUUUUGUUUGGUCGGGAAAUAAUCCCAACCAUCCCCAUUGGCCAUUCCCCAAUACAAAUUGAGUCACUUUUCCUUUUAUACCCCACUUUCUCUCUCUAACGUCAGACAAAAGCAGAGUUUAAAUUAGAGUGACAAUGGCCGCUGAAGCUGCUAAUUCCGAUCUGACAAUGUCCGAUGAUCUAAACAUUCGUCGGAGAUCUCCGAGGUUGUCUGUUGGAGGAGAUAAGGGAGAUGUUAACAUUAAAGAUUGUCAGUCUUCCGGUGAGAAACAGACCAAUAAUAAUAGUCCGAAGACUAAGAAUAAGAGAGGUAAUUAUAAAGGUGGCUGUGUUUCUUUCUUAAUUGGUGACCCAAUUUCCAACGACGAAGCUCGCCGUAGGUGGCCUUACAGGUACCAGAAUAAGCGCCAAAGAAAUAAUCGAGUAAACUCAAAAACAGUUGAUGCUGAUGAAGAUGAGUUGAUUUUGGAUGUAAAAUGUCAUUAUUCACAAGCUAAAAUAUCAAAGCUCGUUUUUAACCUUGGAGAUUGUGCAUAUGUGAAAGGUCUAAAAGGGAAGAAGAACUUUAUUGGUAGGAUUGUUGAAUUCUUCAAAACCAUGGACGACGAGGACUAUUUUCGAGUUCAAUGGUUCUUUAGGGCUGAAGAUACGGUCAUAGAAGACGAGUCAAAAUCUCAUGAUGCAAAGCGGUUGUUUCUUUCAGAUCUAAUGAAUGAUAACCCAUUAGAUUGCAUUGUUUCAAAAGUCAAGAUUUUACAAGUACCAUCAAAUGUGGACAUAAAACUGAAAUCUCUUUCUGCAUUUGACUUCUAUUAUGAUAUGAAAUACUUCAUCGACUAUACUACAUUUGCUACAGUAGUUGAUGAUGAACCUGGCUUGUCAUCAUGUGAUAACAUGAAGAAGAUUCAAGCAAAUGGGCUCUGUCCGAAUCACUGGAAUUUUCCUGGGCAUAGGCCACAUAAGUCUGACAUGGCAUUGUUAGAUUUGUACUCUGGCUGUGGCGGAAUGUCAACUGGAUUAUGCCUAGGGGCUAAACUUGCUGGUGUAAAUCUAAAGACAAGAUGGGCUCUUGACAUUAAUCAACCAGCUUGUGAAAGCUUGAUAUUAAAUCAUCCCAAAGUGCAAAUAAGAAAUGAACCAGCAGAGGAAUUCCUUGGCUUGUUGAAAGAGUGGGAUAAACUUUGUAAACAUUAUGUUGAUGAUGCUCAAAAUAAAACCUUUUCUUCUCCAAGUAUUCAGAGACGAUCACGAUUUAGCUCUCGAAAAAGUAUGGUGUCUAGGAACAAGAACAAGAACAAGAAUUCAUCUGAUGAGUAUGAGGUUGCUAGCCUUGUUGAUAUCUGCUAUGGUGAUCCCAACAAAAAUGGAAAGAUUGGACUUCAUUUUAAGGUUCGUUGGGCUGGUUAUGGCUCGAGUGACGACACAUGGGAGCCAAUCGAGGGACUAAGUAAUUGUCAGGACCGGAUACAAGAAUUUGUGUUGAAAGGUUAUAAACUUACAAUGUUGCCUCGACCGGGGGAUGUUGAUGUAAUUUGUGGAGGUCCUCCAUGUCAGGGAAUUAGUGGGUAUAACCGUCACAGGAAUGUAGAUAACCCUUUGGAUGAUGAUAGGAAUCGCCAAAUUGUGGUAUUCAUGGACAUUGUGGCAUUUCUUAAGCCAAUAUACAUUUUAAUGGAAAAUGUGGUUGACAUAUUGAGGCUUGCCAAUGGUCAUCUUGGAAAAUAUGCAAUUAGUAGAUUGGUUCAAUUGAAGUAUCAAGCAAGUCUUGGUAUCAUGGCAGCUGGUUGUUAUGGACUUCCACAAUUUCGUCUACGAGUUUUCUUAUGGGGAGCUCAUCCCAAUGAGAGGUUACCACAAUUUCCCCUUCCAACCCAUGAUGUGGUACUAAAAUAUGGUGCACCAUAUAAAUUUGAGCGCAACAUUGUUGCAUAUGAUGAAGAUCAAUCUCCAAAUCUUGAGAAAGCUCUUAUUUUAAAAGAUGCUAUAUCUGAUCUUCCUCCGGUGACAAACAAUGAAGUUCGAGAGGAGAUGGCCUAUCGAAAGCCUCCAGAAACCGAAUUUCAAAAGUAUAUAAGAGCAAGUGAAUUUGAUAUGUUGGGUUCUGCGGACAUUAAAGCUCACAAAAAAAGAUGUAUUCUCUAUGAUCAUCGACCACUUAAAUUAUUCGAGGAUGAUUACUUGCGGGUUUCUAAAAUCCCUCAAAAAAAGGGAGCAAAUUUUCGUGACCUACCAGGUUUAAUUAUUGGAAAAGACAACAUUGUUAGGAGAGAUCCCGAUUCAAAUAUAAGACUACCAUCUGGGAAGCAAUUGGUUCCUGAUUAUGCAAUAAACUUCUCUGAUGGUAAAUCAAAGAGACCAUUUGCUAGACUAUGGUGGGAUGAGACAAUCCCCACACUAUUGACGACCCCAGAUCCUCACUGCCAGGCAAUUUUACAUCCAAACCAAGACAGAGUUCUCACUGUCCGUGAGUAUGCUAGAUUACAAGGCUUUCCAGAUUAUUAUAGAUUCUGUGGGACUGUGAAGGAAAGAUACCGUCAAAUUGGAAAUGCUGUAGCAGUUUCAGUUGCUAAAGCUUUAGGAUAUAGUCUGGGCAAGGCAGUGCAAAAGCUGAGUGGAAAUGGUCCUCUUAUGGAACUCCCUCACAAAUUUUCUCACAUGACAGCAGUAGAAUGUCAAGAGUCUGCAAUAAAAGUGCAAGAGUCUGCAAUAACAAUUAAAGUUGAGGAGUCUGCAAUGGAAGUGCAGGAUUCUGCACUAAAAAGUCAGGAGUCUGCAAUCAGUGUGCAGGAGUCUGCGAAAACAAUCCGCUUUCAGGAGUCAGGCAUGGAAGUGCAGGAUUCUGCAAUCAAUCUGCAGGAGUCUGCCAGAACAAUUGAUGUUCUGGAGUCUGCAAUAACAAUUGAUGUUCAGGAGUCUUCCUUAACAAUCGAUGUUCAGGAGUCUGCAAUAACAAUUGAUGUUCAGGAGUCUGCAAUGAAAGAGCAGUAUUCUGCAACAAAAAAUCAGGAUUCCACAAUCAAUGUGCUGAAGUCUACAAUAACAAUUGAUGAUCAGGAUUCUGCAAUAAAAAUUCAGGAGUCUGCAAUCAAUGAGCAGGAGUCUGCAAAGACAAUUGCUGUUCAGGAGUCAGCUAUGGAAGUGCAGGAUUCUGCAAUCAAUGUGCAGGAGUCCGCAAAGACAGUUAGUGUUCAGGAGUCAGCUAUGGAAGUGCAGCAUUCCGCAAUCAAUGUGCUGGAGCCUACAAUAACAAUUGAUGAUCAGGAGUCUGCAAUGCAAGUGCAGAAUUCUGCAAUAAAAAAUCAGGAAUCUGUAAUCAAUGUGCAGGAGUCAGCAAAGAGAAUUAGUGUUCACGAGUCUGCUAUGGAAGUGCAGGAUUCUGCAAUCAAUGUGUCAGAGUCUACAAUAACAAUUGAUGUUCAGGAGUCUGCAAUGGAAGUGCAUGAUUCUGCAAUAAAAAAUCAGGAGUCUGCAUUCAAUGAGCAGGAGUCUGCAAAGACAAUUACUGUUCAAGAGUCAGCUAUGGAAGUGCAGGAUUCUGCAAUCAAUGUGCAGGAGUCCGCAAAGACAAUUAGUGUUCAGGAGUCAGCUAUGGAAGUGCAGCAUUCCGCAAUCAAUGUGCUGGAGCCUACAAUAACAAUUGAUGUUCAGGAGUCUGCAAUGCAAGUGCAGAAUUAUGCAAUAAAAAAUCAGGAGUCUGUAAUCAAUGUGCAGGAGUCCGCAGAGACAAUUAGUGUUCACGAGUCUGCUAUGGAAGAGUCUGCUAUGGAAGUGCAGGAUUCUGCAAUAAAAAAUCAGGAUUCCGCAAUCAAUGUACCGAAGUCUACAAUAACAAUUGAUGUUCAGGAGUCUGCAAUGCAAGUGCAGAAUUCUGCAAUAAAAAAUCAGGAGUCUGUAAUCAAUGUGCAGGAGUCAGCAAAGAGAAUUAGUGUUCACGAGUCUGCUAUGGAAGUGCAGGAUUCUGCAAUCAAUGUGUCAGAGUCUACAAUAACAAUUGAUGUUCAGGAGUCUGCAAUGGAAGUGCAUGAUUCUGCAAUAAAAAAUCAGGAGUCUGCAAAGACAAUUAUUGUUAAGGAGUCUACUAUGGAAGUACAGGAUUCCACAAUCAAUGUGUCAGAGUCUACAAUAACAAUUGAUGUUCAGGAGUCUGCUAUGGAAGUGCAGGAUUCUGCAAUAAAAAAUCAGGAUUCCGCAAUCAAUGUACCGAAGUCUACAAUAACAAUUGAUGUUCAGGAGUCUGCAAUGCAAGUGCAGAAUUCUGCAAUAAAAAAUCAGGAGUCUGUAAUCAAUGUGCAGGAGUCAGCAAAGAGAAUUAGUGUUCACGAGUCUGCUAUGGAAGUGCAGGAUUCUGCAAUCAAUGUGUCAGAGUCUACAAUAACAAUUGAUGUUCAGGAGUCUGCAAUGGAAGUGCAUGAUUAUGCAAUAAAAAAUCAGGAUUCUGCAAUCAAUGAGUAG